UCCUAGGUUACCCGAGCAACCUCCAUACCCGCCUUCUUCCAGUCCUGACUGGUUCAUAGCAAAUGCGGGCAGGGUCUUGAGGUCGGUGUUUAGGUUUGAAGGUGGUGAACCGGAGAUGAGGAGAAAGCAAGUACCAAGGCGAGGGAACCGGCAGAGGGACAGAAAUGAGUUCUCAGGCCCAGCAGCCAUGGCGGUGGAAGGAGGAAUGAAGUGUGUCAAGUUUUUGCUCUACGUUCUCCUACUGGCCUUUUGCGCCUGCGCAGUGGGAUUGAUUGCCAUUGGCGUAGCAGUUCAGGUUGUCUUGAAGCAGGCCAUUACCCACGAGACUACUGCUGGCUCGCUGUUGCCUGUGGUCAUCAUUGCAGUGGGUGCCUUCCUCUUCCUGGUGGCCUUUGUGGGCUGCUGUGGGGCCUGCAAAGAGAACUACUGUCUCAUGAUUACAUUUGCCAUCUUCCUGUCUCUUAUCAUGCUCGUGGAGGUGGCGGUGGCCAUUGCUGGCUAUGUGUUUAGAGACCAGGUGAAGUCAGAGUUUAGUAAGAGCUUCCAGAAGCAGAUGCAGAAUUACCUUACAGACAACAAAACGGCCACCAUUUUGGACAAAUUGCAGAAGGAAAAUAAAUGCUGUGGAGCCUCUAACUACACAGACUGGGAGCGCAUCCCCGGUAUGGCCAAGGACAGGGUCCCCGAUUCUUGCUGCAUCAACAUCACUGUGGGCUGUGGAAACGAUUUCAAGGAAUCCACCAUCCAUACCCAGGGCUGCGUGGAAACUAUAGCGGCAUGGCUGAGGAAGAACGUACUGCUGGUGGCUGGAGCAGCCCUGGGCAUUGCUUUUGUGGAGGUGAGGAAUGCUGUGGGUUGUGGGAGGGCGGGCCUGGAUCAGCUCAGGGCAUCUGGGGAACAGGAGGCACUCACUGGCCUGGGAACAGUGGCUGUUGAGUGGGUUUGGGGAAACUUGCCCUGUCUUCUUCCCACCCUCAUUUCUAUCCUUCCUUUCAGGUCCUGGGCAUUAUCUUCUCCUGCUGUCUGGUGAAGAGUAUCCGGAGUGGCUACGAAGUAAUGUAGGGUGGGGGCGUGUCUGAGCUCGUCUGUCUUUUCAUGGAGUGGACUCUCCAGGUUUUCAAUUAAACGGAUUAUUUUUUCAGACCUA